CGUCACUUCCGGCUGGGAGACAAAAUGGCGUCCCGAGUGUCCCGGGCCCUGAGGCGUGUGGAGCGGCAGCGGCGGCUGCGCCUGCUCUGGGAUCCUUAGAGCCGCGGGUGGCGGCGAAGGGGGCAGGCCCAGGACUCAUGUAAUCAAAGGAGUUUCUUUGUUGUGUGUAUCUUUACAGAACACAACAGGAAUUCAAAAUGAAUCAGGACUCUCAACUGGACCUGGAGGAGAAAGAGACUAACAAGGAAGUGUUGGGACUCUCUCUAUCUCUUGUGUCCUGUGAAGGAAGCUGCCUACUGGGGGCUGUUGGACUGAACACUCUUGAGUCUUUGGAAGCCCCGGAGACCCUAGCUGAUGUACCUGAACAUGUGUUUCGAGGGCUUCCUGAGGAAGUAAGGCUUUUUCCAUCUGCUGUUGACACGACACGGAUUGGUGUCUGGGCUGCAAAGUCAAUUUUAAAAGGGAAAAAAUUUGGCCCAUUUGUUGGUGACAAGAAGAAAAGAUCUCAAGUGAAGAACAAUGUGUACAUGUGGGAGGUAUAUUAUCCAAACUUGGGAUGGAUGUGUGUUGAUGCCACUGAUCCAAAGAAGGGGAAUUGGCUUCGGUAUGUGAACUGGGCCCGAUCAGGAAAGGAACAAAAUCUAUUUCCACUGGAAAUCAACAGGACCAUUUACUAUAAAACUUUGAAGCCAAUUGAGCCGGGCGAGGAGCUGCUAGUGUGGUACAAUGGGGAAGACAACCCGGAGAUAGCAGCUGCUAUAGAGGAAGAGAGAGCCAAUACCCGGAGCAAGCGGAGCUCGCCGAAAGCCAAGAAAGGGAAGAAAAAAUCCCAGGAGGGUAAAAAUAAGGCAAACAAGACCGGAGACAAAGCAAAGCUAAAGAAAGGUGACACUGUCUCAGCUUCUGCAAACAUGAGGGAUUCUGAAGAAGGGCCUAAAGAGGAAGAAGAGAAGCCUUCAGCUUCAGCAGUGCUCUCUCUAGAACAGACAGCUGUUAUUCAGGAGAUGGUAAAUCAGGAUGCACUUCCCAAAUUAAUAAUCCCUCCUCCUGUCUCUGAGCCUCAAACACUGCCACAAGGGACACCUGAAGUAGUAAAUUGUGGAUCAGAUGACUUGGAGGAAGAGGAGGGGGAGGAGGAGGAUGACGAAGAGGAGGAUGAAGAAGAGGAAGGAGAAGAAGAUGCUAAUAUACCAAAUGAAAGUUCUGAGAGAGAGCCAGAAAUAGAGUGUGAAGGAAAGCAAGGAACAUCAGAAGAACCAAAUAUCACAGAAGAAAAUCCAGAUGGCUCUCUUGAAGUAAUGCCAGCUGCCAGAAUUCCUAAAACAAAGGGAGACUCCAAUGGGGAUGUAUUUGAAACAUUCAUGUUUCCUUGUCAGCAUUGUGAAAGGAAGUUUACAACCAAACAAGGACUUGAACGUCACAUGCAUAUCCAUAUAUCUACUAUCAAUCAUGCUUUCAAAUGCAGGUACUGUGGGAAAGCUUUUGGUACCCAGAUUAACAGGAGAAGGCAUGAGAGACGUCAUGAAGCAGGGCCAAAAAGGAAACCAAUCUUAACACUACCCCAGCCUGAUGACCUUGUAGACAGUGCAGUAUGUGGAGAUGAUACAAAUCUUAAAGAUGAAUCAAAUGCUUCCAGUCUUUUACAAGAUUGCAUGAUUGUGGAUUCAGAAAGAGUUUCUCAAGAAAUUGCAGUUUCUUCUGUUGCAGAAGAGAAUGGAGACCUUAAAGAACUGCAUCCAUGCAAAUACUGUAAAAAGGUUUUUGGAACCCAUACAAACAUGCGGAGGCAUCAACGCAGGGUUCACGAACGUCAUCUGAUUCCUAAAGGAGUAAGGAGAAAAGGAUUCUUACUUGAAGAACCACAACUUCCACCAGAGCAGACCCAGCCGACCCAGAAUGUAUACAUAGCAAGCACAGAGCUAGAAGAAGAAGGAGAAUCAGAUGAUGUCUAUAUUAUGGAUAUUUCCAGCAAUAUCUCUGAAAAUUUAAAUUAUUAUAUUGAUGGGAAGAUUCAGUCUAAUAGCAGCACUAGUAAUUGUGAUGUGAUUGAAAUGGAGUCUAAUCCUACAGACUUGUAUGGCCUAAAUUGUUUGCUUACUCCUGUUACAGUGGAAAUUACUCAGAGUAUAAAGACUACUCAAGUACAUGUAGCAGAGGAUCCUCCCAAGGACUCUUCGAGUAGCACAAACAGUGAAUCAAAGAAGCGAAGAACCACUAGUCCACCUUUUUUACCUAAAAUAAAGGCAGAAACUGAUUCGGAACCUAUAACGCCAUCCUGUUCCUUGAACUUACCUCUUAACAUAUCCACUACAGAGACUGUUCCAUAUCAUAAAGAGAAAAGUGUCUUUUUGUCUUCAAAACUCAAACAACUUCUUCAGACUCAAGAUAGUAACAAGCUAGCACCAGUUAUAUCUACAACAGAUACCCCUAAAUUAGGUUCAUCUGUAUCAUCAUCUUCUUCUAUUUUGCCUGUAUCAUCAAGUAGAUUCAAGCGAAGAACCAGUUCUCCUCCUAGUUCUCCACAGCACAGCCCUGCUCUUCGAGAUUUUGGAAAACAGAGUGAGAGUAAAGCAGUAUGGAAUGAUCCAGCUGUUAGUUCUAAAAUACCCAAACUAGAGAGCCACAGCAGUUCACCUUCCUGGAGUUUAUCUGGAAGGGAAGAGAGAGAUGCUGUGAGCCCUUCAUGCUUUGAUGAUUACAAAAUGUCUAAAGACUGGACAGCUAGCACCACUUUUGGUAAUGUAUGUAACCAGCAGCCUUUGGAUUUAUCCAGUGGUAUAAAGCAGAAGUCUGAGCUUACAGGGAAAGCUCAAGUCCCUUGGGAAUCUGUAUUAGAUCUUAGUGUGAAUAAAAAAUCCUGUGGUGACAUGGAUAUCAAAGAAUACAAAGAGAACAAUUCAGUGCAACCUACCUGUAGUGGCAUAAAAAAGAAGAAACCAACAACUUGCAUGUUACAGAAGGUUCUUCUCAAUGAAUACAAUGGCAUAGAUUUAGCCUUGGAAAAGACUCCAGAUGGAAAUAGGAGCCCAAGUCCUUGUAAAUCAUUAGAUCCCCAGCCAGAACCUGAUCUUGACCCAGAUUCCAGUUUAUCUGCUCCAGUUGCUCAUUCUUCUCCUUGCACUUCUCCAUUGCCUCUUCCACAGACUUCAGUGUCUUCUGGUCAGCUGCCUCCUCUCCUUAUCCCAACAAAUCCCUCUUCUCCUCCACCUUGCCCUCCUAUAUUAACUGUUGCUACACCUCCCCCACCUCUCCUUCCAACUCUUCCUUUACCACUUCCAGCCUCAUCUUCCAGUAUUUCUCCUCCUCCAUGUCCAUCACCACUUUCUAAUACCACUACACAGUCACCACUUCCUAUUCUUUCACCUACAGUGUCUCCAUCAGCAUCUCCUGUUCCUUCUGUUGAGCCUCUAAACUCUGUGGCUUCACCUGGGCCACCCAUACUUUCCUCUUCCUCCUCCUCUUCAUCUUCUUCGUCCUCUUCGUCCUCUUCCUCUUCUUCCUCUUCCUCUUCGUCCUCCUCUUCAUCCUCCUCUUCUUCUUCCUCUUCAUUCUCAUCUUCCUCUUCUUCCUCUUCCCCAUCACCACCGCCCCUCUCAGUGGUUUCAUCUGUCAUUUCAUCUGGUGAUAAUUUGGAAGCACCUCUACCUAUAUCUUUCAAACAAGAAGACACAGAGAAUGAGGAUCAGAAACCAAGUGAUGAUCCACAGACAUCAGAUGAACAGGAUAUUAUUCAGGAAACAUUCAAUAAAAACUUUAUUUGUAAUGUUUGUGAAUCACCUUUUCUUUCUAUUAAAGACCUAACCAAACAUUUAACUAUUCAUGCCGAAGAAUGGCCCUUCAAAUGUGAAUUCUGUGUGCAACUGUUUAGGGACAAAACAGACUUGUCAGAACAUCGUUUUUUGCUUCAUGGAGUUGGGAAUAUAUUUGUGUGUUCAGUCUGUAAAAAAGAAUUUGCCUUUUUGUGCAAUUUACAGCAACACCAGCGAGAUCUUCAUCCAGAUAGGGAAUGCACACACCAUGAGUUUGAAAGUGGCACCCUCAGACCCCAAAAUUUUACAGACCCCACUAAGGCCAAGGCAGACCAUGUUCAGAGUCUACCAGCAUAUCCUUUAGAAGUUUCUAAAGAGGAGGAGGACGAAGAAGAAGUAAAUGAUUCUUCAGAAGAGCUUUAUACUACCAUAAAAAUAAUGGCUUCUGGAGUAAAAUCAAAAGAUCCAGAUGUUCGACUGGGCCUCAAUCAGCACUACCCAAGCUUUAAACCACCCCCAUUUCAAUAUCAUCAUCGAAACCCUAUGGGCAUUGGGGUUACAGCCACAAAUUUUACCACUCACAAUAUCCCACAGACUUUUACUACUGCUAUCCGCUGCACCAAAUGUGGGAAAGGUGUUGAUAAUAUGCCUGAAUUACACAAACAUAUUUUGGCAUGUGCUUCAGCUAGUGACAAAAAGAGGUAUACACCCAAGAAAAAUCCAGUACCACUGAAACAGACUGUACAACCUAAAAAUGGUGUGGUGGUCAUAGAUAACUCUGGGAAAAAUGCUUUUAGACGGAUGGGGCAACCAAAAAGAUUAAAUUUCAGUGUUGAACUCAGCAAAAUGUCCUCUAACAAACUCAAACUAAGUGCACUGAAGAAGAAAAAUCAGUUAGUUCAUAAAGCAAUUCUACAGAAAAAUAAAUCUGCCAAGCAAAAGGCAGACUUAAAAAAUAGUGAUUCAGAUUCUCACUCACACAUUUGCCCCUACUGUGAUCGCGAAUUCACUUACAUUGGUAGCCUGAAUAAGCAUGCAGCUUACAGCUGCCCUAAAAAGCCAAUUUCUCCUUCCACCAAAAGAAGUGCUUCUCAUUCAUCUAAGAAAGGUGGGAUCUCAUCACCUGCAAAUAGCGAGAAAAGUAGCAACCAACGAAGACGGACAGCUGAUGCUGAGAUAAAAAUGCAAAGCAUGCAAACCCACUUGGGUAAGACAAGAGCACGCAGCUCAGGGCCCACCCCAAAUCCAUUGCCCUCUCCACCCUUUAGAGCUAAACAGAAGGUCAAAUUUGUACCUUCAGUGAAGUCCAAAAAAUCAAGCUCCUCUUCUCUUAGGAACUCCAGUCCUGUAAGAAUGGCCAAAAUGUCUCAUACAGAUGGGAAGAAAACAAAAGCAGUAGCCAAGAACCAUUCUGCUCAUCUCUCCAGCAAAGCAUCCCGGAACCUACAUGUGAGAGUACAAAAAAGUAAAGCUGCUUUACAGAGCAAACCUGCUUUAGUAAGCAAGAAAAAAUCAGACAGAUUCAGUGUUAAAUCUAGAGAAAGGAGUGGAGGGCCCAUCACACGAAGCUUGCAGCUGGCAGCCUCUGCAGACCUAACUGAAAGCAAGAGAGAAGAGAGCAGUACAAAGCAGGAGAUUAAGGACUUCAGGAACCUCCUGUAAAAACAAAACAAAUCUUAAUUGACAAAGUAAAGCUAUUGCAUGCUCAACUUAGGAUAAGCACUACGACAAUGGAUAUGAAAUCCAUCAAGCUUUCAAGACCGGUUGAAGCUGACUCAAAAAAUCUUAAAUCCAACCCUGAUUGCCUGCAGGCUUUGUGCUAAUGUUGUUAGUUCAGGCAUAUGUUUCUUCCAUGGCGUCUGAUGCAUGCUGGGCUACAAGAUGAUUCAGAUACAAAGAGAAAAGGGUACUGUAAAAAUGGGCUGAGGCGAACUGAAUGUGUCAUCACUGGACUGAUAACUCAGAUUUUAGUGUUGCCUUGCUUUUGGUGAAUGGCACAGAGAAAGACAAUUUGAAUUUAUUCUUGCAAAGCAAGUUCCCUGUUUUAUCAAUAGCUUCUUGUAGAUUCAGGGAUGACAAAUUCUGAUGCACUCAUUUUAAAGUAUUUUGGUCACAUUGUCUCUUGAUGCCUUCUUUUAAAUGAAUUAGUAGAAGGAGAGGAAUUUAAGUUGUCAGAAUUCUCCCUACCCCAUUUCUUUUCUUUUUCCCUCCCUCCCUUCCUUCCUUCCUUCCUUCCUUCCUUCCUUCCUUCCUUCCUUCCUUCCUUCCUUCCUUCCUUCCUUCCUUCCUUCCUUCCUUCCUUCCUUCCUUCCUUCCUUCCUUCCUUCCUUCCUUCCUUCCUUCCUUCCUUCCUUCCUUCCUUCCUUCCUUCCUUCCUCUUCCUUCCUCUUCCUUCCUCUUCCUUCCUCUUCCUUCCUUCCUUCCUUUCUUCCUUCCUUUCUUUCUUAUCAAAUGUGGAUUGCCAGCAUAACUUUGAGGAAACCAGGUUGGAUUUAGACUCUUCUUAUGCAUUUCUAAUUUCCUGUUUAUAUAUCCAAAUGGAACUGUCCUCUAUAGAUUAUUACCUGGCACUAAUUUAUAACUAUAAUAUUAUUGAAUGCUGUGUAGCAUUUUAUUAAUGCACAGGAUAAAAGAGAGCAGGUCUGUAUAAAUGUAUGCCUCUACACAUAAAUAUUAAAUGAGUUUACUGUACCAGGUCUUACACUUCACUCUCUUAUUGAGAUUAAAAGUAACAAAUUGGUCUCCUUACUGUUGGAAAAUAUUUUACCAUGCAUUUCUAUGCCCUUUUCAGGGUCAAUGACUGAGUUGGUGGAAAUGGCUAGUUUCAUUCACAUACCCUAUUUGUUUUGACUUUUAAAAGUAAUCUACCUCUUAAAAUUUGUAGUUUAAUACUUGUUUGGUGAAUUUGUGCCACUUUAACUCUUUCACUAUCAUUCCCAUUUUGUUACAUUUCUGUUAUGGGGACUUUAUGUUGAAAUAUUGUAUAAAGCAUUUGUAGCAGUUUAAAAAAUAAAAUAUUUAAAAUUAUUUAAAUUGUUUUGGACACUUCAAUUGUAUUAUAUGUGAUUUACAUUUUACAUUAAUUUUUUGUUUUAUUUUGAGUUGUUAAUCUGGAGAGUGUUCCUGUAUUUGAAGUUUGCUGUUAGUUACAUUACUGUUUCUUGUUGAAGAGUGAUCUAAAGACUAUUCUAAUGCAAACAUUAAAAUUUACCAUUUGAUGUACAAAUGAGGUUGUCCCUUUGCUUUUAACCAUUGUACUAUUGACAAAUCUUAAGUACAGGUAGAAAACCAGAGUGGUGUUUGCUAUCUCCUCAUCCCCAAAAUGAAAUAAAUUUUGUGAACCUGUCAGAUUGAUAAAAAGAUCUUUUGAUGCUCUUGCAAACUCCUUAAAUGACCAGCUAGAUGGGCUCUGAUGAUACAUUUUAUAUAAUUGUAACCAAUAAAGUAAACUUUCUAAGCACUUGUGAAAGGCUUUCGUUUUGUACAGAAAUCUAGACUGGCUCCUCUCCACCCCCACUCCCAAUGAAGGUACAUGGAAGACUUUUGAAAGCUUGCAUUGUUCAGUAAGAGCAGUGCAAUAAAGCAAACCAAAAACAAAAAAAAAAUCACUCUUUUGUUGCUUUUCUGUGGCAUUGAGCUAAGUAUGUAUUGAGACUGUACCAAAUGGUGACAUGCAAUAUGUAUAGCGCUAUUGCUAGUGAGGACUUUGUGGACUCUGAAAGUCUGAAAGAUUUGAAGUGAAUUUCAUACACAUGGCACUUGUUUUAAAUAUUGCUCUGUUUUGUUCAUAUUGAUAUUCUACCUUUAAAAAAGUUGAUGUCAUUUUAAAUUAUGUGAAUCUCAUACCAUGAAACAAGGAACAAUUGUAACAUGUUUAAUGUUUUAAAUGGCUAUAUUUACCUGCUUUAAAAGCUUAUCACUGCUGAGGCAGAAAAUAAUGGUAUAACCAUUCUGUGCUGUAUAGCCUGAUUUUUGCCUAGUGGAUAUAAUACCUAGUAUUAACAGUUUAUCUGUUUCACUGAAGUUUACUUAGCAUAUUCAAAAACAGACUGUUUACUUUUUCAUCUGCUUGACUUCUCAUUCCAUAGAACUGGCUAAGAGAUCCAUUACAGUUCUAUGAUCUUUGAUAUGCUUUUAAUACAUUUAUUUUGAUUGUACACUAUAAAAGAAUUUUAUAUCUAGAUUUGACUAAUUGUUGGGGCACAGAUGUUUUUUACUUAGAUCAACUUUGGAGUUAACUUGCCCAUUAUGAAAUUUGCCCUGGAAUGCCAUUCAAUCUAAACCUGCAGACUCCACAUUCAACAUAACAAUGUAGUGUAUGUCAGAAUAUUCUUCCAUUUACUCCCUUUAAGCCCUUCUCCAUAUUGACCUCUUUGUAGUUUUCUAAUAUUCAAGACAUGCUUUACCUGAAGCCAAAAUUACUGUAGUUUAUUGUGCCAGGACAUCUCAUUUGAAGCUCCUGAAUAUUAUUUCUCUAUCCAAGUUAAAUGUGUCACUGGAGUGCUCUUUAAUAUCCUGGAACUGAUUUUUUGCUGAAAAAAAAAAACUUUGACAAAGGGAAAGCACUACCAUUUAUUGAAAUAAUUGGAUAUCUUUUCAACAGUAAGAAUCAUUAACUGAUGUGGUUGGUUUGAAUCUCUUUAGGCUUAAAUAUCUGAAGGAGUGAAAACUAAUGGAAGGAGCAUGUCCCUGUUGCUAAUUUAAAGUGUUAAUUUGUGUUUCAUUAUAAAUUCAUCUCUAAUUAUACUUGUUCUAAUUUGAAUGUUUAAAAAUUGCUUUCAAGCAAAAUGAGCUAUAGAUUCAAUCAAAUAUUGCUUGGUUGUAUUUUCCAAACUAGUGGUUAACCUUUUUUUAAAAUUAAGUUUUGUGGUUUUGUUUUUGUAACUUUAAAAAAGGAACAGGCGAGGGUUUUAAACCUUCAUAAAGAUGAUAUUUGAAGCAUAGCGGAAUGAGUAUUGGACUUGGAAAUGAGAGGCUAGGAUUUGAAUCUCACUUCUGAUACCUCCUAGCUAUGUGACCAUGGACAAGUAACUUCAAUUCUCAGCCUCAGUUCUUUGAUAUGUAAAUAGGGAUAAUACCUGGAUAGUACCUACCUCACAGGGUUGUUGUGAGGAUCAAAUGAAUUCAUGUAUGUAAAAUGUUUUGCAAACUAUAAAGCACUAUUAAAAUGCCAGUUAAUAAUAAA